CCAUCCAAUAGCACGGUACCAUUCAAGCAGUUACAGUGCCGCCACUACAUGAGGAAAUCGAGAACCUUCUGAAUAGUACCUACCGUACCAUCAGUAGGUUGCAUUUUACAGGUGGUUCCAUCUAUAAAGCGUAUUGAAAGGAACCUCUAGUGAAUUUUAUACGUACAGGUACCACAGGUACUCAGUCAUUUAUUCUCAUUAUUCGAUCUUAGUUUGGGUGUCAAUUUGCGACGCAUUUUCAGUGUUCAAUCUUCACUCCUUCCUCAAAAAGGAUAAUAAAUCUUUGAUAAAUGAGGAUUCUAUUACUUUUAAACGUUCUCUCGGUGGCACUGGCAUUGCCACCGACCAGGCCGACAAAUUGCAUUCAGAACUGUGAAUGCAAAAAUAUCCUGCCCAACGUUGUGAAUGUGAUAUCCUGCAAUGGUUCGCUCGUACUUAAUUCUGAAUUAUUCCGUACCCUGGACCGGAACGCCGUCGCCGUUUUGACCCUUUCCAAUGUCAUCAUCAGUGAAAUCAAAGAAGAUGCGUUCACCAGCAUGCCGUAUUUGGAAAAUGUGGUGAUUGAAAAUUCUCAAAUUGGUUCAAUUGAUGAGAAAGCUUUUAACAAUGUGAAGUAUCUUAAAGUCGCCGAUUGUGGUUUUGAAGAUAGCCCUAAUCUUUCAUCAGAAAAAUUAGAAGAGCUGCAUUUUGGAAACUGCAGACUGGACGAAAUACCAGCUUUAGAUAAACUGUAUGAGUUGCGGUUGUUAAACUUGUCUGGCAAUUAUAUCCGGGACAUUGGAAUCACUGCAUUCAGUCAAUUAUUCUCGUUGGAAACUCUAUAUUUAACGGACAACCAGAUCAGCAGAGUGCCAGCCAAUGUUUUCGUAAACAAUGGAGAAUUGGACAGCUUAUACUUGGACAACAACCCUCUUAAAACUUUCUACUUGAAUACCUCCAACAGCCUGGAAAGUUUAUCGUUAAAGAAUUGCUUCCUCAGUACGUUCGACGAACGAUCCAGCAGCCGCUUGACUUCAUUGAGUGAACUAAAUUUAAGCAACAACAGAAUUAGCAACCUGCAGCCCAACCAUUUGGCAUUUAUGAGUGAACUUUCAGUGCUGGACCUCUCCAAGAAUAACUUGACAAAACUUGAGAAUGAAAUCUUCAGUUUCAACUUCAAGUUGCGAAAAAUUAUUCUUGAUGACAACGCUUUUGAAGUCCUUCCAAACUUCACCUUGUCCAAUAAUCAUCAAUUUGAAACUUACAUCUUUUCUUGCAAAAACUGCGGACUCACAACGGGACAUCCCGAAACAUUUAAACAUAUGCCGACAAUUGUAAGCUUGAAUUUAUCGUACAACAAUUUUACAUUCAUUGACGACAUGCUGAUCUAUAUCAGUAGCUUGCGAUUGUUAGAUGUGUCCUACAAUAAGCUUAAAGUUCUAACUGGGGCCUUUAAUAGCAACAGGAAUUUAGAAACUCUCAAUAUUGCGGGAAAUCCAUUGAUGACAUUGAAUCCUGGCAACUUUAUUAAUAACAAGGCUAUUAAUAAAAUUGACGCCAGAAAUUGCAAACUGUAUACCCUCUGGAGCAACAAUGCGACUAUUUUGGAAUCAGUAAAGCGGCUUUACUUAGGCGAAAAUCAACUAACAUCAUUAAGCAUCGAGGACAUGAAAGUUGUGCCACAAUUAUCAAUUAUUGAUUUGCACGACAAUCUUUUCGUUUUUGAUAACCAGAUGUGCAAUGUUAUUAAUUACUUGGAUGCUCGCUUUGUAAAUCUAGUUGAUAAUUCCGAAAAGAUUGCUGAUACUCCUUUGAUGGACGAUAUUGACAAUUUCACUCCAAAUGGCUGGUUAGACCUGCAUAAGGGGAUUUGUCCGGAGAUGACAUUUAAUAUUGACGAGGGUGUGGAUUCUGAGGAAGACCUUGAUAAUAUAGAUGAAACCUUGCAGGAUCUGCAAAAAUUAAGCGCUUUUAAAGGCGAGGCCGAUGAUAGUGCUAUUGAUGACGAUGAUGAUGAGGAUGAAGAUGAUGAUGACGACGAAGAAGAGGAGGACAAUUAUGACGAUGAGGCGGAUAAUGACGACGUCUCCAUUGACGAUCUCCUGGACGAUGCUCCUACAGCAGAAAUAAUCGACGGCGAAAAUAUUAACUUGGCUCGAGUUUCUUAUAUUCUUUCUAUUACCUCCGUUUUCGUCUUAACGGCUUUAGCGGUUCUUAUUAUGUCGGUCGUAAUAACAUUAUGCGUUUUGCGACGCAAUAACAAUUUCAACAUGCACAGAGCGAAUUUGCCAAGACUGAAGAUCCCAUUGUGGAGCACGCAACUAACCGAAAAGAAACAUAGUGGAUCUAUCUAUAGACCUCUAUCUGAAGAUCUAUCUGGACCAAAAACGCCCAAAAUGAACCGUUAUGAAUUUGCAGCUACUCCCACAGUACACAACUUUGGUAAUUAGUUUUUUCACGAAAAAAAGGCAGUUGCUAUAACUGAACCCAAUCUAUUAUUACUAAUAAAAAUAAUAUGUUAUAAAAAGUCUGUUUUAACUGUGGUGUAUUUCAUAAGCAGCUUUAAGGGUAUAGCAAUAUUCGUAACAAGUUGAAACCAUCAAUUAUUCUCUAUAUCGACAUGUCAUAGGUCAACUAGUGUAUUUCUCAAUAUGUAAAUCUUACCGGAAACGAUUAAAUAAUCUAAUAUAGCAACCAUCCAAAUUGAGAAAACACCCGUCUUAUGUCUUUUUAACCAAAUCAUCCAGAUUAACUACACGUUUAUGUUCAAUAUAAUUGACCAAUAACAUGUCGAUAUGUAGUUGGAAAGACGUACAUAUUGAAGUCUCCUUAAUCAAGGCAUAAUUCCUUAUCGUUCCACUAUAUUGUUUAUAUUUUCAAGCUAUUGCUUGUAGACUAAUUGUAUUAAUUUAAACACAAUGUUUUAGAUGAUAAUUAUUCUGUCUUCCUAACAUUAGCGUUGUCUUCACAUUCCAUGCCAUACAUUAAUGUACUUACGGAUUUUCCAUCCGGACAAUUGCAAAUAAACUUAAAUUAGUUAAGUGAA